GAGUCCCUCGUUUGGUGGCGCAUUAUCGUUAGCGGAACCACUUCCUUUCCCCGCGCGUCUCUAUCUCUUUCUCACAGUCUCCCGCACACUUCUUUUUCUUUCUUUUUUUAAGUCUCAAAACCCAUUACCAGAACCACUUUUGGCAACAACACUCGUACCCACACUCAACCCAACUUUGCUGCUUCUUAAUCCUCAGUUACAGGACAAAAUUCUCACCCAACGCAUCUCCAUCCCCCGGAUACUCUCUUUCCAUCGGAUUCAGCCUUAAAAAAACAACCCCAAUUCCCCCUUUUCCACAACGGGUGCCUUUGAUUUUGUAAAAUUCAGCCCCCGAAAGCUCAAUUUCCGCCCCUUUUCAUCUUCGUUUCUUCGACUAUGGCUUCUGGGGUUCUGUUUCCUUCUGUUCCCUUUACGGGAAAGCGCGGUUUUGGACUUCCUGGUCGUGGGUCCGUCACGGUGACUCUCCUCAACAGCCCAAGAUUCUUGGUUCGCUCGUCCUUGGACAAGGAUGUUUCUGAUAUGAGUGUUAAUGCUCCCAAAGGACUGUUUCCCCCCGAACCUGAACGAUAUCGGGGACCCAAAUUGAAAGUUGCUAUUAUUGGAGCUGGGCUUGCGGGAAUGUCCACCGCUGUUGAACUUCUGGAUCAAGGCCAUGAGGUUGAUAUAUAUGAAUCAAGGACCUUCAUUGGUGGUAAAGUGGGAUCAUUUGUCGAUAAACGUGGAAAUCACAUUGAAAUGGGACUACAUGUAUUCUUUGGUUGUUACAACAAUCUUUUUCGCUUAAUGAAAAAGGUUGGCGCGGACCAAAACCUACUUGUGAAGGAUCAUACUCAUACUUUUGUAAAUAAGGGAGGUGAAAUUGGAGAACUUGAUUUCCGCUUUCCCAUUGGAGCUCCAAUACAUGGAAUUCUUGCUUUCUUGGCCACAAAUCAGCUCAAUACGUAUGAUAAAGCAAGAAAUGCUGUGGCUCUCGCCCUUAGUCCAGUUGUCAAGGCUCUUGUUAAUCCAGAUGGAGCAAUGAAGGAUAUCCGAGAUUUGGAUAGUAUAAGUUUUUCAGAAUGGUUCUUGUCGAAAGGUGGCACACGUGGCAGUAUACAGAGAAUGUGGGAUCCGGUUGCAUAUGCUCUUGGAUUUAUUGAUUGUGACAACAUCAGUGCCCGUUGUAUGCUUACUAUUUUCUCGUUGUUUGCUACUAAGACUGAGGCUUCUCUAUUACGCAUGCUGAAAGGUUCUCCAGACGUUUUCUUAAGUGGUCCCAUAAGAAAGUAUAUCACAGAUAGAGGGGGCAGAUUCCAUCUAAGGUGGGGAUGUAGAGAGGUACUUUAUGACAAAUUUGCAGAUGGAGAAACUUAUGUAGCAGGACUGGCCAUGUCUAAGGCCACAAAUAAGAAAAUUGUGACAGCUGAUGCUUAUGUUGCAGCAUGUGAUGUCCCUGGAAUCAAAAGACUGAUCCCACCACAAUGGAGAGAAUGGGAGUUCUUUGAUAAUAUUUAUAAGCUAGUCGGAGUUCCUGUUGUCACUGUCCAACUUCGAUACAACGGAUGGGUGACCGAGCUGCAAGAUCUAGAACGUUCGAGGCAGUCAAGGAAAGCUGUGGGGUUGGAUAAUCUUCUGUACACACCAGAUGCAGAUUUCUCUUGCUUUGCAGAUCUAGCGCUUACCUCCCCCGAGGAUUACUACGUUGAGGGACAAGGAUCGUUGCUGCAAUGUGUCCUGACGCCUGGGGAUCCGUACAUGCCAUUGGUAAAUGAUGAGAUUGUAGCAAGAGUGGCGAAACAGGUCUUGGCUUUAUUCCCAUCGUCGCAAGGUCUCGAAGUUACAUGGUCAUCAGUUGUCAAAAUCGGACAGUCUCUAUACCGCGAGGCACCCGGUAGAGAUCCAUUUCGACCAGAUCAGAAGACGCCGAUUAAAAACUUCUUCCUUUCUGGAUCGUACACAAAACAGGAUUACAUAGACAGCAUGGAAGGAGCAACUUUAUCAGGGAGGCAAGCUUGUGCAUAUAUAUGUGAUGCUGGUGAAGAAUUGCUGAGGCUAAGACAGAAGAUUGCUUCCAUUGAUUAUUCUGAAGCUCCCAAAAUAAGUGAUGAGCUAACUCUAGUUUAGCAUUAGCUCAUCAUCAUCCCAAUUACUUUUGUAUGCUCUAAAAAUAUAUGUAUAAUGUAUUAUGUAAUGUCACACCAUAGUCAAAUUCUAAUCCCCCUCUUAAUGCCAUUCAUACCAUUCACCCUCUCUCUUAUCUCUAAUUGCAAAUUGCUUAUUACUAAUGUAAUUGCAAUGUCCAUUCUUUUGAA